GACUUGUUGUCAGUCAGUUGGGUCUCUACUAUCAUGGACUCCUGUUCCGGCAGUGUGUGUCAUCCAAACAUGACUUCAGGGUCUGUUUACGCGUUGUUAGCGGGCUUUCUGGGUGCCGCUGCCUCUCUGGCUGCCAAGCUGUCUCUCGGAGCAGACUACCUGAGACAGAUGUGUGAGUCUGGACUCAGCAGCUGGACUGAAACACCCGGUGGAACUGCAGCCUGUGACUGGCUCCACGUCCCCCUGCGGCUGCUGUGUGGAGGCAUGCUCUUCACCUGCAAUGCUGUCAUGUGGACCCUCUUCUCCAAGGCUCUGCGACACUGCUCCUCUUCAGCCAGGGCUACAGUCACCACCACCGCAUCCAACUUCAUCUCCUCAGCCGUCCUGGGGAGGGUGAUUUUCGGAGAGAGUCAUGCAACUCUAUGGUGGGUGGGAAUAUCUCUCACUCUGUGUGGACUGCUGGUGCUUCAUGGAUCCACACCUCAGACUAUCCAACAAGAGAAGGAGGAUAGCAAAAAGGACAAAUAAUGCAGCUUUGACUCAUCACGAGCAUGCAGCCGCUGCUCUUCAGUCACAACAACCUGUGGCAAGACUCACUCAGGGAUACAUAAUUUAAUUUAUCAGGCACUUAAAAGUGGAAAUGUUGCUUAUUAUAGAAGGAGGUAACUCAGUGUCUUAAUGUUAAGUGCAAUUAAAACAGCAGAUUUCGUCACGCAGAGCUGAUGGUACAUUCAGGUGCAUACAAAUGUCACAGUUUUAAAGAAAACAUGCAGUUCCUACGUGGAGAGUCAUCAACUGUAAAUCGUUCUAUUCACCACGGGACUUUUCCUCAUUUAUUCUGGUCUGGACCAGAUUACUAACAUGGAACAACAUCAUCCAGACUCCCUGCUCAUUGUUUUUGGGGACUUUAACAGAGCAAACCUCAGCAAAGAGCUACCAAAAUACAGACAGCAUAAGUGUCCCACCAGGGAUAAUAACCCACUGGACCACUGUUACACUACAUUAAAGUGGAGUGAAGUGGAGUUGUCUGAGGUACUUCUCCAUAGUUAAUGUAUUAUUAAUCUCUAUAUAAACAGAUUGUGCAUAUGAAUGUAGAAUCUGCAGGCAAAGGGACAAGAUUUUGGCAUCGGAAGCGUUCUGAGGCUUUUUGACAUGUUUAGUUUGGCACCAUCUAGUGGUAGUAUUAAGUACGAUACUGGUAGAAAGCAAAGCACACCAAAACAAUGAAAUAUUGAGAAAAUUCUAUACACUUAAGUCAAAUGCAAGUAUUUAAUGACAAAGCCAAGCUUUUGCUUGUCCUGAUGAAUGCGCAUUAGUACUGAAAGCAUUCCUGCUGUUCUGUCAGAAUACUGAUUAAAACAGCCAACAGUCACAUUUUCAAUUUUAUUGUAAAUACUUUAGUAUGUCAUGUAAGUUUGUAAAAAAUAAAUUGUCAUUCACUCAGUG